AUGGCACAGCUGCUUGUACCACCAGGUCCAGACAGCUUUGUCCCCUUUAGUCGUGAGUCCCUCAAAGCCAUCGAGGGAAAGAUUGCUGAGGAGAACGCCAAGAAACCCAAGGGCGAGAAGAAAAAACGCAAUGAUGAAAAUGCGCUCAAGCCCAGCCGUGACCUGGAGGCAGGCAAAUCACUCCCUCUUCUGUAUGGGGACAUUCCUAAAGGCAUGGUGUCGACGCCGCUGGAGGACCUGGAUCCCUACUACUGUAAUCAGAAAACCUUCAUAGUAUUAAACAAAAGAAAGGUCAUCUUCCGCUUCAACGCCGAUCCUGCCUUGUACCUCCUGAGUCCCUUCAACCCUCUUAGAAGAAUAUCAAUUAAGAUUUUGGUACACUCAUUGUUCAAUGUGGUGAUCAUGUGCACUAUCCUCACCAACUGUGCAUUCAUGACACUGAGCAGACCACCUGAAUGGGCAAAGAAUGUAGAAUAUACAUUCACUGCAAUCUAUACCUUUGAAUUCCUCGUUAAAACUUUAGCUCGAGGGUUUUGUAUAGGAAAGUUCACAUUUCUAAGAGAUCCCUGGAACUGGCUGGAUUUCUGUGUCAUUGUUAUGGCGUAUGUCACAGAGUUUGUAAACCUAGGCAACUUUUCAGCUCUUCGCACAUUCAGAGUGCUGAGAGCUUUCAAAGCUAUUUCAGUCAUCCCAGGCCUGAAGACCAUCGUUGGUGCAUUGUUCCAGUCAGUGAAGAAGCUUUCUGAUGUGAUGAUCCUCACCGUCUUCUGCUUAAGCGUCUUCGCCCUCAUAGGGCUGCAGUUGUUUAUGGGCCAUCUAAAGCAAAAGUGUGUACUGGUCCCCAAAAACAAAACAGCCGUCAACUGGACUCAGUACUCGCUCAAUGAGAGUGAGUAUAUCUCUGUUCUGCUGUUAUUUGGUCUCCAAGAAGAUCCUGCUUGGAAUAAAAGCAUUAAAGAUACAACAUAUUAUUAUUACCUUCCUGGCAAACGAGAUCCAUUGCUUUGUGGAAACGGCAGUGAAGCUGGGCAGUGUCCGGAGGGGUUCCUGUGCUUCAGAGUGGGAAGGAACCCAGACUAUGGUUACACCAGCUUUGACUCAUUUGGCUGGGCCUUCCUUUCUCUGUUUAGACUGAUGACACAGGAUUACUGGGAAAACCUUUACCAGCAGACAUUACGGGCAUCUGGGAAGCCCUACAUGUUGUUUUUUGUGCUGGUGAUCUUCCUUGGUUCCUUCUACCUGGUCAACUUGAUCUUGGCUGUAGUGGCUAUGGCCUAUGAGGAGCAGAGCCAGGCCACCAUUAAGGAGGCUAAGGAGAAGGAGGAGGAGUUUCAGGCCAUGAUGGAGCAGCUGAGACGGCAGCAGGAGGAUGCUCAGGCAGUGGCAACUGCAGCUGCUGCUGAAACCAAGGAGGUCAGUGACAAACCGGGUGGCACUGAGAGCUCCUCUGACACCUCCAAGUUCAGCUCCAAAAGUGCCAAAGAGAGACGCAACAGGCGAAGAAAAAGGAAGGAGGAGGAGGGCAAAGGGGCUGAUGAGAAGUUCCCUAAAUCAGAGUCGCAGGACAGUAUAAAGAAGGCUCGCUGCCGCUUCUCUGUGGAUGCAAACCUGCUCAACUAUGACAUGAAAUGCUCAUCCGCACAUCAGUCCUUUCUGAGUUUUCGUGGACCCCUGUUCUCAUCCAGACGCAACAGCAGGACCAGCCUUUUCAGUUUCCGAAGCCAAGCACAGGACGUUGGCUCAGAGAAUGAGUUUGCUGACGAUGAGAACAGCAUUUUUGGGGACAACCUGAGUCGAAGGGGCUCUUUAUUUCUUCCCCAGAGGUUUGAUCGACGCAGCAGCAGUAUAAGCCAGUGCAGCUUCUUGUCGCAUCUUCUGCUUCCACCCAAUGGAAUCAAGCACAGCUCUGUAGACUGCAAUGGGGUCGUGUCUCUGGUGGGUGGGAAUUCUCUUCCAUCGUCACCUGUGGGGCUCCUUCUGCCUACAGUGACACUAGAUAUGGCUUCCGUCGGAGACAAUGCUGACACCACUGACACAGAGUACAAACAAGAUGGCGGAGAAACAAACCAGGAGUGUAUGGACUUCCUUGAUGGCCCAGAGGCCAGGCAAAGAGCCUUUAGCGUAGCUAGUGUCAUAACCAGCACAAUGGAGGAGCUUGAAGAGUCGAGGCAGAAGUGUCAUCCUUGCUGGUACAAUUUUGCCCAAACCUUCCUCAUCUGGGAAUGUUGUCCAGCAUGGUUAAAGAUCAAGAGGGUGGUGCAACUAAUUGUGAUGGACCCAUUCGUGGACCUCACCAUCACCAUCUGCAUUGUACUCAACACAUUGUUUAUGGCCAUGGACCAUUAUCCAAUGACCACAAAUUUCUCCAAGAUGCUGUCUGUGGGGAAUCUGGUAUUCACUGGCAUCUUCACUGCUGAAAUGGUCCUCAAGAUUAUUGCACUGGAUCCAUACUAUUACUUUCAGGAGGGAUGGAAUAUUUUUGAUGGAAUCAUAGUCAGUUUAAGCUUGAUUGAGCUUUGUCUGGAAAAAAUGGGUGGCAUGUCUGUUCUGAGAUCAUUCCGACUGCUGAGAGUAUUCAAGUUGGCUAAAUCGUGGCCCACUCUUAACACACUGAUCAAAAUAAUUGGGAAUUCAGUGGGGGCUUUGAGCAACCUGACCUUGGUGCUGGCCAUUAUCGUCUUCAUCUUUGCUGUGGUGGGCAUGCAGUUGUUCGGAAAGAGCUACAAGGACUGUGUGUGUAAAAUCUCUCUUGACUGCACUCUGCCCCGUUGGCACAUGAAUGACUUCUUCCAUUCAUUCCUCAUUGUGUUCCGAGUGCUUUGUGGAGAGUGGAUAGAGACCAUGUGGGACUGUAUGGAGGUGGCUGGGACGGCCAUGUGCAUCAUUGUCUACAUGAUGGUCAUGGUUAUUGGAAACCUUGUGGUGCUGAACCUGUUCCUGGCCCUGUUGCUGAGUUCAUUCAGUGCCGACAACCUGGCAGCGACGGAUGAUGACAAUGAGAUGAACAAUUUGCAGAUUGCCAUUGGACGGAUUCACAGAGGCAUUGCCUUCGUCAAGUCCGUGCUUCGAAGCAGGUGCAGCAGUCUCAGUAAUAAAAAGAAAGGGAAAUGUGAUGACAAAGCACUGGAUGAGCUCCACAAACCUUUAGGGCCGAAUGGUGUCCCCAACCAUACCAUCAAAGACUUUGCUAAGAAUAGCAAUGGAGAUGUGACUGGCGUGGACAAAAAUGGAGACAAGUACAUAGUCAGCAGCAAGAGUGAUGAUUCUAUAAUGUCGUUCAUCAACAAUCCUAGUCUGACAGUCACUGUUCCUAUCGCUGUGGGUGAGUCUGACUUUGAAAACCUCAACACGGAGGAUUUCAGCAGUGCCUCAUCUGAUCCAGCAGGAUCAAGGUAUAAGUACGAUGAACAGCUCAGCUCCUCCGAGGGCAGCACUGUGGAUGGUAUGGCAGCUGGGGAGAGAGAAUCUAUAGACAUCGAACAAAUAGAGUCUUUGGAUCCUGAUGCCUGCUUUCCUGAUGGCUGUGUGCAAAAGUUCCAGUGCUGUCAGGUAAAUGUGUAUGUGGGCUGGUGGAAAGUGUGGUGGAACCUGAGAAAGACCUGCUACCUAAUAGUGGAGCACAACUGGUUUGAGAGCUUCAUCAUCUUCAUGAUCCUGCUUAGCAGUGGGGCGCUGGCAUUUGAAGAUAUCUACAUUGAAAAAAGGAAGACCAUUAAGACGGUGUUGGAGUUUGCAGACAAAAUCUUCACCUACAUCUUCAUUCUGGAGAUGUUAUUGAAGUGGGUGGCAUAUGGAUUCGCCAAGUACUUCACAAAUGCCUGGUGCUGGCUUGACUUCAUCAUUGUUGAUGUCUCACUGGUCAGUAUGGUAGCCAACAUCAUGGGAUAUUCUGAUCUCGGUGCCAUCAAAUCUCUGAGAACCCUGCGAGCUCUGAGGCCCCUGAGAGCCUUGUCACGAUUCGAGGGCAUGAGGGUAGUUGUCAAUGCCCUGCUAGGAGCCAUUCCUUCCAUCUUCAAUGUGCUGCUGGUAUGUCUCAUAUUUUGGCUCAUCUUCAGCAUCAUGGGAGUCAACUUAUUUGCGGGGAAGUUCUACCAUUGUGUCAACAGAACCACAGAUGAGCGUUUCCUUCCAUCAGACGUGCGAUACAAGAAUGAAUGUUUGGCUCAUGGCAAUGCUACUCGCUGGAAGAAUGUCAAAAUCAACUUUGACAACGUGGGAAUGGGUUACCUUGCAUUACUGCAAGUGGCUACAUUCAAGGGCUGGAUGGACAUCAUGUAUGCUGCUGUGGACUCUCAAAGCAAGCCAGAAGAACAACCUGAGUAUGAGAUCAACCUGAGGAUGUACUUGUAUUUUGUUGUUUUCAUAAUAUUUGGCGCCUUCUUCACACUCAAUCUCUUUAUUGGUGUCAUCAUAGACAACUUCAACCAACAGAAGAAAAAGUUUGGAGGUCAAGAUAUCUUCAUGACUGAAGAACAGAAGAAAUACUACAAUGCCAUGAAAAAGCUGGGGUCAAAGAAACCACAAAAACCUAUUCCCAGACCAUCAAACAAGAUUCAAGCAUACAUCUUUGACUUCACCACAAAACAAGCAUUCGAUAUUGUAAUAAUGAUUCUAAUAUGGCUUAAUAUGGUAGCCAUGAUGGUGGAAACCGCUGACCAGUCAAAGCAACAGGAAACAAUUCUCUACUGGAUUAAUGUCGUAUUCAUUUGCAUGUUCACUGGAGAGUGUUUGUUGAAGAUGAUCUCUCUUCGCCAUUACUAUUUCACAAAUGGUUGGAAUGUAUUUGAUUUCAUCGUAGUCAUUCUGUCUAUCAUUGGUAUGUUUCUCUCAGAAGUGAUAGAGAAGUAUUUUGUUUCACCAACCUUGUUCAGAGUCAUCCGAUUGGCUCGGAUUGGCCGCGUCCUCCGCCUUAUUAAAGGUGCCAAAGGAAUCCGCACUCUCUUGUUUGCCUUGAUGAUGUCACUACCUGCCUUGUUCAACAUUGGUCUCCUGCUCUUCUUGGUGAUGUUUAUCUAUGCCAUCUUUGGCAUGUCGAAUUUUGCUUAUGUCAAGAAGGAAGCAGGCAUUGAUGACCUUUUUAAUUUUGAGACAUUUGGCAACAGCAUGAUCUGUCUGUUCCAGAUCACCACCUCAGCAGGGUGGGAUGGCCUACUAGCUCCCAUUCUCAACAAACAUGAAGAUGAUUGUAAGACUACCACGGAGCAUCCUGGCAGUUAUGUUAAAGGAGACUGUGGGAAUCCUCCUGUGGGAAUUGCCUUCUUUGUGAGCUAUAUCAUCAUCUGUUUCCUGAUAGUGGUGAAUAUGUACAUUGCAGUCAUCCUGGAAAACUUCAGUGUGGCCACUGAGGAGAGUGCAGACCCACUAAGUGAGGAUGAUUUUGAAAUGUUUUAUGAGGUCUGGGAAAGGUUUGAUCCUCGUGCAACACAGUUCAUGGAGUACCAUAAGCUGUCUGAAUUUGCAGAUGCUCUGGACCCACCAUUACGCAUAGCUAAGCCUAACAGACUUGAACUGAUCUCCAUGGAUCUACCCAUGGUGAGUGGGGAGCGCAUUCACUGCCUGGACAUCCUGUUUGCGUUCACAAAACGUGUUCUAGGCGAGGGUGGGGAGAUGGACAUCCUAAGAGAGCAGAUGGAGGAGCGCUUCAUGGCUUCCAAUCCUUCCAAAGUGUCCUAUGAACCAAUCACUACCACUCUCCGUCGCAAACAGGAGGCUAUGUCAGCCACUGUCAUCCAGAGAGCAUUCAGACGGUAUGCAAGGGAUCAUGCUACUGGUAAGCCCUCUGACACAUCGAAUGAUAAUACUCAAAGGAAUAAAACGCUCAUUCACCAAGAGGUUGUUGUCCCAGACAAACUCAAAAAAAAAUCUAGCAUUGAUAAAAGUAAAUUAGCACCUUCAUCUGCCUCUCAGUCAUCAUGUAACAGUAUGACAACAAACGGAAACAACAAAUAUGAAAAAGACAAAAGUGAAAAGGAGGUUGUGAGCAAAGAUGUCAGAGAGCAAGAUAUAUAAAAGAAUCUUGGAGGUGCAACAAAGACAUUUUAAUUAAUGACAAAAUGUUUACAACCUUUGAAAAUGACUAAGACAUCCACCGGGCUCCCUUCCUUAGUAUGGAUAUCUAUGCCAAACUGACCAAGCUUACUUGAGUCUAAAGGUUGGUGCCUAAAUGGAAAGGUUGCUCAUUCAGACUGCAGUGGGACCAUUUUGGCUGUGUUCAGGUGCCAGGAUGAAUUUUGACUGUUUGUGAUGAUGGGCAACAUUUCUCAAAGUGUUCUGAAAGACACAUUAGUUAAUGCUUUAACUUCUAUUGCAGCUAGUUCUGCUAUCCAGUGUCUUGAAUUAUUGUUAUAUCACUCACUCUUGUAUUACCUUACUGACUUAUUUUUCAAGCAGAAAAAAAAUGUUUUAAUGUUAUUACUUUAUGAAUUCGUAGUUUGGUUAAUUAACUUUUUAUAUACUUUUUUUUUUACUCUUCAAAGGGGUUGUUCCUUCAGAGGUAGCCUUUAUUAUGAGCAAAAUUGCUUUAAGGCUAGUCCUGCUAACUCAUAGCACUUAGAAUACUUGACAAAUCCAAGGAGACAGUGUCAGAGUUGUGGCAGUUAACAGUAAAUGUAGACCUGCAUGAAUGUUUCUCCAUGAUUAUGCAUGCUAGAGUGUACUGUUUUCAUUAGGCUCUCUCCCUCUCCAUCAUGCUUCAUGAUGCAAACUAUACAGUGAUGAUGACAUGGAUGUUUUUUUUUACACAUGACAGAAAGAGGACUUUAGCCAAACAAAUCCAACAGAGUAUGUCAAGUAUGUUUGAGUAUCAGUGUCAGAGCACUAACACUUUGCAGAAAUUCUUUGUACAUCCAGUUUUAUUGAAUCACCGAAAUCAUUCACAUACUUCAUCUCUGCUUGCUAUAUGCUGUUAAUACAAUUUAUAAUUUAAACAUUUCUAAUUAUGUUCAAAUUUUAUCAUGAAACUGUGCUAAAAAAAACAGACUCCUCAACUGAGGGUUUGUCCUUCAAAAAAAAAAAACCAAAACUGUGUUGUUUGCACACUGUAACUGACCCUGUUAUAAGUUACCUCGCUUAACCACAAACCUAGGACAAUUUGCUCUAGGGGGAGAUCAUCUGUAAUAUUGUAGCACAGCAGCAUCAGUUAAAGUUUCUUCAUUUUGUCUGUCUUCUUUCUUAGUUGUUUUUGAUGAUGAACCUCAGUGUGUAUUGUAUAAUGAUUAUGCAAUUAUGGAAUUUAUGAAACAUUAUUACUAUUUAUUACCUGUCAUAUGAAACCAAAUAUAUUCUCCAUGUUUUGUUGUAUUUGGGCAGAUAGGAAUAUACAUCCAGCAGGAGCUGUGAGGUGAAAAAUGUAAAUGUUAUAUGGACAAACUCCUCUGUUUGAUUACUGGUGAUGUUUUAUGAUUAUGCUGUCUAAGCUCUUUUUAUUCAAACUUUAACUGCAUAUUUUUUUUUGGAAAUUGUGACCGUAAAAAAAAAAAAAUUGGUAGCUGCUCUUUUAUGUUUUUAGUCUGCUUUGUAAACUGUUUUUACACAGUUUACCUCUCAGUCUUUAUCAUGAUAAAUAUCUAAAUUGGAUCAAAGAUGGCUCAGAAUAUUCUGAAUGAUUGUCUCAAGGACAUGGCAUCACACAUCUCAUGUGCCCUUGCCUGUUUCCUACCGUUUACAUUUUAUAGUGGCAGUUAGUUGUGUAACAUUUGUCAGUUCUUCCCAUUACAUCCAUCCGAAACUGUGUCACAAGAACACCUGUCGUUCCAUAUUAUAAAAAUAUAAUUCCAUUCAUGUAAGUAUAUUGCAUGUAAUUAAAACUUUCAAUACUUACACUAUACUUUAUGCAUAAUGAAAGAAUGUUUUGAUUACAUAAAAAUUAACAUCUCCCAUCAUUCAUAUGCAUAAUGCUUGUAGUGUAUAAAUAAAGUGCAUGCGAGACACUGCUAUAACCCAUUUCAGUG